CGCCCUAGUUGAUAUUACUCGGUAUCCGUAAGGACUCUUAAUGCGCUUGAUAUGACACGAACAAGCUAGCACUCCUGCAGCUUUUGUUCUCUCCGGCACCAAACUAGUCGAGAGGUCGCAUACCCAUUACGGUACCAUGGCGUCUAAGACCAUUCGUAAAGUCAGAGAGGUGGUGGCCCUCGAUUCCGACGAGUCGCACUACGAGGAGGUCAGCGCAUGGUCAAAUCGAGAUUUGAUCCCGUUGCCACCAGCCAGGCGGACCUGGGGUUGGUUCAACUUCUUCGGUUCAUGGUCUCUUUCUUCGCUCAAUGUCGCGACAUGGCAAACCCCAAACACAUUUUUAACGCAGGGGCUUUCGGUGGGCCAGGCCAUGGCCAUUAUUGUUGUUUCGAGGGCGCUCUGCUGUCUUUUUGCCGUCAUGGUGGCCUGGUGCGGUUUGACAUGGCAUAUUGGGUUCACAGUGCAGAAUAGGUACACAUGGGGCUUUCGUGCCAGUUACAUCCCUCUACUCCAACGCAUCUUGCUGAACUUCAUCUGGACUGCCAUACAAUGCUGGAACGGCGGUAAACUUGUUACGGUCUGCAUCACUGCCAUCUGGCCGUCCUUUGCCACGAUUCCCAACACGUUGAGCGCGAGUACCCCCACCACUACCUACGAGCUAGUCGGAUUCAUUGUGUUCUGGGCCGUCUCCAUCCCGUUCCUCUUCAUCCGUCCGGAACGCUUCAAGAAACCCUUCCUCGUCUCGUCCGUCAUGUGCGGUGUCGCUAUGUUCGCACUGAUGAUCUGGUCUGUCGCAACGGCAAAGGGGGUCGGCCCAGUCUUCUAUCAGGGUGAGAAGGUCCCCGCCACGUCGCAAUGGAGUGCCUCUUGGCUCAUGAUGGCGGGGAUCAACCAAGCCAUCGGCGGAAAGGCAGCAGGUAUGACCAACAGCAGUGAUUUCUCACGCUACGCCAAGAAGAAGAGUGAUUACCUGAUCGGCACUAUCACUGUCUACUGGAUUGUCGGCGUGCUCGUUUGUUUCGGGGGCUUGGUUACGACGGCGGCCUGCCAAAAGAUCUAUGGCGACAUAUGGUGGAACCCACCAGACCUCAUGAUGGUCAUGAUGGAUUACGGCCAAGGUUCCUCGGGCUCUCGAGCCGCCGUCUUCUUCCUCGCAAUUUCGUUCGCCUUUACCUCCAUGUUCGAAAACGUUUGCUCCAACGCAGUAGCGGGCGGCAUCGACUUGGCUGGCCUGUUCCCGCGCUAUAUCGACAUUCGCCGCGGCGCCCUUAUAACCUUUUUUGCGGCCUGGAUUAUCCAGCCCUGGCAGCUUAUCAACGAGGCCGCGACCUUCAUAUCCGUCCUCAACUCCUUCUCCGUCUUUCUAGCGCCCAUCAUGGGUGUCAUGGUGUGCGAUUACUUUAUCCUGCGCCACCAGAGGAUCAAGCUGAGCCACCUUUUCAGCCCGCAGGGUUCUGAUUAUUGGUUCUGGCAUGGUGUCAACUGGCGCGUAAUUCCUUGCUGGGUGGCGGGCUGGGCUCCCACGAUUGGCGGUCUGAUCGUUAGUGCAGGAGGAAUCACCACCGCGCCGAGAGCUUUGACUGAGCUUUAUUACAUGGCCUUCUUUGUCGGAUUCUCCGUUUCGUUUGUGCUCUUCUACGCUGUGAACCUGAUCUUCCCCGUGCUGCAUCGGGGGGAGAUUGACGAAGUGGACAAGUAUGCCACUUUUACGAUCGAUGAAGCGGCAAGAUUGGGAGUUGUGCCAACCGAUGUUGUUCAAGGCGAGGCUCUGGGGAACCCGAAGCUAGAGGGUUUGGAAGUGAAAGUCGGAGAGGCGUCAGCGGACGAUUCUGAGAUGACCAAGAAGUGGUGGUCCUUGAAGCGAGGUUGAAGCACUGGCAAAUUGAAGAUCUGCAGGCUACAGCCCACUACGUAAUUUUAUGGGUUGGGAGGGCAUGGCGUAUCAUUCGAUGUACCUUUUGUAAUUCCCAUCGAGUUUCUGAUGGCACACUGCCACUGGAC